AAGCUUGUUUCAUUUAACAACAGUGCUGGGGACAAGAUUUCUUUUAACAAGAAUGGAGAGUUAGUCACUGGGUUUGAUGUGAUCAAUUGGAUUGUGUCCUCAAACCAAUCUUUUCGAAAGGUGAAAGUUGGGAGGAUGAAUGCCGAGGCUGCUCCAGGCCAAGCAUUCACCAUCAGUCCAGAUGCCAUAACAUGGAAUGGCUGGUUCAAUCAGGCACAGCCGCUAUCUCUGUGUACUGAGAGCUGCAAUCCUGGUUCGAGGAAGAAGGUCAAGGAAGGAGAGCCAUUUUGCUGCUAUGAUUGCAUCCCAUGUCCCAAAGGGAAGGUUUCAGGUGAGAAGGAUAUGCAUUACUGUCAUUCAUGUGAAGAUGGAAAGUACCCAAGCAAUCUCCAGAAUUACUGUAUUCCCAAGUCUGUAAACUUCUUCUCUUAUGAAGAACCUCUCGGCAUCACUUUGACCAGUUUUGCUCUUCUCUUCUGCUUGAUCACAGCUCUGGUGCUCGGAAUAUUUCUGAAGCAUCAUGAGACACCCAUCGUCAAGGCCAACAACCGGCACCUCACCUACUUUCUCCUCACCUCCCUGAUGCUCUGCUUCCUCUGUGCACUGCUCUUCAUCGGGCAGCCACACAGGGUGACAUGCCUCCUCCGACAAGCUGCUUUUGGCAUCAUCUUCUCCGUGGCUGUUUCCUGCAUGCUGACCAAGACGGUCAUGGUGAUCUUGGCUUUCAGAGCCACCAAACCCGGAAGCAAGAUGAGGAAGUGGAUGGGGAAGGGACUGGCCAACACACUCCUUCUUUCCUGCUGCCUCAUUCAGGCUGGGAUCUGUAUUACCUGGCUGGCAACUGCUUCUCCUUUUCCAGAUAUUGACAUGCAUUCAGUGGCUGAGGAAAUCAUUCUGGAGUGUAACGAGGGAUCAGUAACGAUGUUUUCCUGUGUCCUGGGCUACGUGGGCUUCCUGGCUAGUGUCAGCUUUGUGGUGGCUUUUCUUGCCCGGAAGCUCCCGGACAGUUUCAAUGAGGCCAAGUUCAUCACGUUCAGCAUGUUGGUCUUUUGCAGUGUGUGGUUAUCCUUUGUGCCUUCCUACCUGAGCACCAAAGGAAAGUACUUGGUGACUGUGGAGAUCUUUUCCAUCUUAGCCUCCAGUUCUGGAUUGCUUAUUUGCAUCUUCUUCCCCAAGUGUUACAUCAUGUUGCUGAGACCAGAGUUGAACAAGAAGGAGCAUCUAAUAAGGAGAACAGCUUGA